AAUCUCUGAUAAUAUUUAAUUUAGGUCCAUAAUUCAUUAAUGUUCGCUAAUCUUCCUGGAAAAGUAGCAUUGAUCACUGGUUCAACAAGUGGCAUUGGUUUGUCCGUUGCAAAGAAAUUGGCAUCUUAAGGUGUGCAUAUCGGACUCAAUGGAUUUGCAAAGCCAGAGGAGGUCGCAGCCAUUAGGAAAGAAAUAGAGGGCUAAUACAAAGUAAAGACAUUCUAUCACGGAGCAGAUUUGAAGGAAGGACCAUAAGUUAAAAGCAUGGUGUAGGAAACAAGCAAGGCUUUAGGAAGUGUUGAUAUCUUAGUCAACAAUGCUGGAAUUCAAUACAUAGAGACAGCAGUAAACUUCCCAGAAUAGAAAUUCAAUGACAUUAUAGCAAUAAAUCUCACUGCUGCAUUUCUUACAACCAAAUAUUCAUUGCCAUAAAUGCUUGAUAAAAAUUGGGGUCGUAUCAUCAAUAUCGCAAGUGUUCAUGGAUUGGUCGCUUCUGUGAAUAAGUGUGCAUAUGUGGCUGCAAAACACGGUAUUGUUGGAUUAACAAAGGCAACAGCUCUUGAAGUUGCAAAGACAGGAGUCACUAUCAAUGCAGUUUGUCCUGGAUGGGUAAUGACCAAGUUGAUAGAGACACAAAUCUAAUAAAGGGCUGAUUAAUAUAAGAUAUCAUUUGAAGAAGCUUAAAUAAAAUUAUUAGAAGAGAAGUAACCCUCUGUCACUCCAGUGCAUACUGAUUAGUUGGGAGAUUUGAUUACAUUCUUGUGUUCUGAUUCAGCUUCUUAAAUCAAAGGAUCUGCAUACACCAUGGACGGUGGAUGGACAGCAUAAUGAUCUAUAAAAUAAUUAUAUAAAAGUUAAUC